ACUGUUUAUACUAAUAACUUUAUUUGUGUGUUUUCUGUUUAUAGUAUAAUAACAUAAUAUUUAAAAUGCCGAAAAAGAGUUCGAAAGAUGGAGGGGAAACAAAAAAGCGGCAAAGAUUGUCAUCAACAAAAGAUCGAAAUUCAUCUGCCACAUCUCCGGGAAGCAAUGAAGUUUUACUUCCUCCGACACCAACAGCAACACAUCUAGUGGCAUCGAACCCCUUUGAUGACCCACCUUCGAAUGUAAUGAACAAUCCAGGGGGCCCAAUGAUGCAAGGGCCCCCACGUAUGAUGAUGCAUUCACCUUUGCAUAAUCCUGGCAUGACGUCCCCUUAUGGCCCAGUAGGUCAGAGGUCAAAUUGGGUUUCAAGUCCAGUCGGGCCCCAACAGAGACCCACAAGACCAUAUGGGUCUCCUGGUGGACCCAACUGGAAUGGGAGUGGUAUGAUGUCACCUGUGGGGCAUAUGGUGCCAGGUUAUCAGCCUGAUCCCCAAAUGAUGUCACCCACAGAGUAUGGUUACAAUCGACCUAUGAUGAAUCACCCUAACCCCAAUCACCCAAUGUAUCGGCCCCCUCCAAGAAUGAUGGGCAGGUUCGGUGAUGGGAGCCCGCCUAUGAAUUCUGAAAGAAUACCAAUGCCCCGGAUGCCAGGACCUAUGCAUGGAAUGCCACAUAAUAAUGGCAACCCGGGACAAAACAUGCUUGUUGGUCCAGGUGGGCAAAUGAAAAUUCUAAGUAGGCCAAAUUUACAGACUUCCAUUCCGCAGCCAUUGCCAUCAAAUCGGAAAUCUUCAAAUAGUAAGUCAGAUAAAUCAUCCAGAAGUGAUAGUGGCAGUACUACCCCAAAAUCAAAAAGAAAUCAAAAGCGGCCGAGGCCAAAUUGGCAAAAUCAGCCGCAAAUGAAGCCGAUGAUAAAUCAUGGAAAUCUAACGCCCAUGGCUGGAAAUAAGUCUAAUUUGUCUUCACCUGGGAGCGGAGUAGUUGCCCCACAUGCUGUUCCACCUGUGCUACCUCAAACAUGUUUCCAAUGCCAUAAAGAGAUUAACUAUCCUGGAGAAAAUUGUAUCUGUUGCUUAGCUAGCUGUAAUAUUUGGUAUCACCUCUCAUGUACUGUUACAGACACUGCAUACAAUUGUUUAAGAAGCGAAGAACUAGCAUUAUGGGCUUGUGAUAACUGCCUCCGAGUAAAAGAGAUUGAUUCGGUACGACUUCGUGAUCCGGUCGUUCAGACUUAUCAAAUUCUAAUAGCAAUGGAAAUGGUUUGCCUAUAGUUGGCAAAGCAUGAUCUAACAUGCAUUCUUUCUUAUAACAAGAUAAUGGUUACAAUGUAUGUAUGCAGCAUUUGCUGAAUGGUCUGUGAGGUAAAGUACUAUAACCAUUGGAGUUAGCUACCGCAUGAGGUGGAUACCAAUGCAGCAAUAUAACGCCUUUCAAGAGCUGAUAUCAGAGAAAUGCAGUAAAUAUGAACAUUAUAUUGAAAUUAUGGUACCAGAACUGACCAGUAGUAAUUUAAAUCCAUAUUGGAUUGAGUUUACACAUUUUCAUCAAAGCAGAAGCUUCAACUACAGUUACUACUAAGUCUACUUCCGCAGACCACAGGACUUAUUUUGCCCAAUCACAACAUGCAAUACAAUUUUGGGGAUUUAUGAGCAUAUCUUAAUUACAUUGUCCAAAGGGUACCAAUGAACAGAAAGUGUGGAAAACCCUGGCAUAGAUAAAUACUAAUAUAGCAAUGGAUAGAUCAUGUUAUCAAUAUUUAUUAUUAUUCUGAUAAAGAUAUAUAUUAAUAUGCCUACUGGGUGUCAUUCAAACAAUCAUUUAAUUUUUUUGUUAUUUUGAUUGUUUAAAAAUUCCCUAGUUUACAGUUUUAUUAUGUCAUAAUAACGUUUGAAAGUUGUUUCAGUUAAUGAUGUU